GGAAAACGAAACAUUGAAAUCAUUGUCGCACGUACUGCGUUUUAAGUGAUCUAUUAUUCCUUCAAUGUGCAGUGCGCACUGUGUAUAGAAGCUAAAUUGUCGACGCAAUAUACUAACGAAACCGAGUGAACACAACUGAAAGCAGUUCAAAGUGCAGUAACCAGUGCUUGGUAACCCCUUUUUGUGGUCCACCCUUGUUGGAUGUGGAAAUUGCUACCUCCUGAGUGUGCGUAUGUGUCUGACGACACACAGUGAACAGUGCGUACGUGAGCGAGGUGGUGUAGCACGGUGUGUGUGUUUGUGAACCAACAACAAUAGCAGCAACACAGCGGAAUAAGAUUGCGCAAAAUGCACACGUUCAGCGAAACGGGUGCGGGCGUUCCAGCGUUUCUGGCAAAACUCUGGCGCCUGGUCGAGGAUAGCGAUACGAACGAUUUGAUAUCGUGGAGUACGGAUGGCCGCAGUUUCAUCAUCCAGAAUCAGGCACAGUUCGCCAAAGAACUGUUGCCACUUAACUACAAACACAACAAUAUGGCCAGCUUUAUUCGGCAGUUGAAUAUGUAUGGUUUCCACAAAAUCACAUCGAUUGACAAUGGCGGCCUGCGGUUCGACAAGGACGAGAUGGAGUUUACCCAUCCCUGCUUCCAGAAGGACCAUCCGUACCUGCUGGAGCACAUCAAGCGCAAGAUUGCCACCUCGAAGCAGCAGCAGCUGCAACAGGCACAGCAGCAGCAGCACCAGCAACUGCAGGACGACAAAAGCGCCAUGAAGCUGGAAGCGGUCAGCCGGGUGCUGAGCGAGGUGAAAAACAUGCGUGGCCGGCAAGAUUCACUCGAUUCCCGCUUUCAGACGAUGAAACAGGAGAACGAGGCUCUCUGGCGUGAGAUUGCGAUUCUCCGCCAGAAGCACCACAAGCAGCAGCAGAUUGUUAACAAGCUCAUCCAUUUCUUGGUCACGAUCGUUCAACCAUCACGCGGAGGCCUCGGUACGAUGGGCAAUGGCAACAACAAGCGCCGAUUCCAGCUUAUGAUCAACGAGGCACCACAACAGGCCAAAGUUAAAAAGCAACAUGACUUUACCGAAAGUGCAACCAUUGAGGAACUGGGCGAAGCACUGGAAGAAGUGGCCUACGCGAAUCAGCAGGAUCUAUUGAAUUCGGAAAUACCGGAGAUCUCGUCACCGAUGUCGUCGCAACCGGGACGUUCGCCAUACCGCACGGCCACGCCAUCGCUCUCGGCCGGCAGUCCCACUGGCAGCGUUGCUAGCAGUACCAGCGGAGGAGCCGUGUACGGUGGCAACAAUGGUGCCGAAGAUGGUGACCUAAACGAAGAAGUAUUCUCUUCCCACGGGUUGAACAGUGCUCCGAGGAUGGCAAAACAACCGCGCAGCAGCAACCGAUCGAAAGGUACCAAUCAGACGCCGCUUAAUCUGAUCGAGUUGAUCGAAAGUACGGUCAACGGUGCCGACGACUAUGAGGAGGAAGACACGUACGGGGACGAGGACGCCGAUCAACACGCCGCCUAUCUGGUAGAUCAUGUGGACGAAGUGGCGAACCCGGAGCUUGGUGCGCUGUAUCAAGAGAACGACGGUGAAAACGACAUGAUGCUAAACACGCCGAUGGUGCUGCGGGAGAUGGAAAAGCAGGAGCAAUUGAAGCAGCAACGGGAGCGCCAACGGCAACAGCAGCAGCAGCAGUCGGCAGGGAAAGGCGGAGAAAGCUUGCUCAAGGGUGUGACGAUGGCUACGAGAAGUGGCAGGCCGCAGCGUAGCGUCGUUGGUCAGAAAAGUCUACUGACGGCGGGAACAGCAGCACCCGCAGUAGUGUCUAUGAAGACGGGCAGAACUGGCCCAAGAUCUACCACAGCACCUGUGGCGAUUUCCAAAGGAGUAAAGAGGAUUAGCGUUGGAGGAAGCGGCAAGAAACAAUCGCUGGCCGCGAACAGCGAUCCGAUCGGUGUGGCACCAGCUGGACCGUCAAACUACAGUCAAGGCAGCAGUAACAACAGCCCAUCGCCUCCACUAGUGGCCGCAGCUGGUCCAUCGUUCGGCGAUGCAUUCGUUCCGACUCCGGCCGAUGUCGUCCCGGGAGAUAUAUUCGAGGAUAGCAGCGAUCAGACGAUGGGCUCUGGAGUAGCGGUGAAGGAUGGAAACGGAAACGGCAAACCAUCGCCGAUGCUCGGUUCGUUCAGCCUCGUCGACGGAGGUUACUACAAUCCGAACGUUAACAUCAACGAAGUGAAGGCCUCCCUCCAGAGACAGCAACAGGGCGGCGUACAGCAGGUUCCAACAGCUGCCGGCGAUGUGCUAGACAAUGCCGAAACCCACGAUGACGAGUUUGAUGAAAAUUCGCUCGAUUCUAGCCUGAUGCUGAAUCAGGCCACCGGCAACCAGCAACAACAAGAUCAGCAGCAGCAACAGCUGCAGCUCCAGAUGCAACCACAGCAGCAGCAAGAUCAACAACUAUCGAAGUUCGUCAGUAAUGAUGCAGACAUGUCCCGUUUAAACACGGUGGCUGAAUACGGACAGCACAUUGACACGGUACAGACCGAUCUCGAUUCGCUGAGAGAGCUGCUGAAAGGCGACAACUAUCAGAUGGACGCGAAUGCCCUGCUUGGGACGGCAAAUUCGCCGACACUUCCGUACGGUCGAGUGUACUUCCCGUCGUGCCCGUUCGAUCAGGAUACCCUCAAUAAGCUUUUCAACAACAACAACGAGGAUAUGCUCAACUAUGAUUUUCCGAUGAAUCUGCCGGAUUUGAUGACGGACGAACAGCAGCAACAACAGCUACAGCAACAACAGCAAGGCAGCAAUGAAAAGUCGACAGCAUCAUCCGACAGUCCAACCCCAGCAGGAGGACAAAUCAUGGCUUACAGAAAGGGUAAUUCGAACGGUAAUUUGUACAGCAACAACACCAACAACGGCGCCAUCGGCCUGAAUGGGCUCGCGCAUAACGGCGAUACAAACGAUGUAUCCGGUUUGCUCGGUGGCAACAAUUUGAUCGGAACCGACGGAACCAUCGUCAGCGGAGACUACAUCGAUUUGAAUGAGUUACUAAACAUGGAUCCGAAUGCUGGUGCUUAUUACGGCGAUGAGAACUCACUGGUUGCCUAAUCGGUCCCGAUCUUUGGCAGAGAGCACACCUAGGAGAUCGAUAGGGGUGCGCAGAGUACAGCCAGCCUGGGUAUGGACAAACCGCUGCAGUUCCGCGCCCGUCCAAGUGAUGUAGUGUGAUUAGUCGAGCUAUCGAAUGGAUCCUUUAAAUCAUGGCAAAGGACCAUCCAACCAAACGUACCAAGUUCAAAUCCAACCCUUUCGAUGCAAGAUCAAUGGAUCAAUGGUUGCUCUCAAUAUGUAAAUUUAACAAUUACGUUUUCUUUAGUUUAAACAUCCGACCGGGUGCCCGGAUCCCCGGUGGAGCCGUCGUUCUGUAAAUAGGGAAGAUAGAAGAAGAUCGAUCGAAAACGUGUACCUGAGAGCGAAAGAGAGACAGAGAGGCGGUCGAUGGUGGCGUUAUAGUGUACGACGAGAGUUGUGGUCUCGUAAAUCCGGUAGAAUCUGGCAACAAUGCGAGUGCCGUUAGUCCGUUAGUUAUCUCUCUCUGGUCCCAACCCAAAAAAAAAGUAAUCCCAGAACAAUAACACAGGUGAAGGAUGCUACAAAGCAGAACAGGAACUAUUAUAACAAAGAUAUUCUAUUACAACAUUAUCUUAUACUCUUACUCUAAUGGGGGCAAUCCGUUAGGCCAAUAUCCACCAAGACGAACGGUAAUUGAGAAGCGGUUUGCCCUGUUUAACGUUUUUUAAUUAUAGUAUCUGAUCUUUUAUCCGUGCUGUUUACGGGCACCUGGCUCCCUCGAACAGUACGACGAUCCUUGGCUCCUAUCAUUUGUAGUGGUACUGUAGAGAAUGUACUGCAUUUCAGAGGACAAAAAGGACGGUUCCGUUCGUAGGUUAAGGUGUCCCGUGACGGCCGUUUUGUAUCUUUUGCUUGAGUUUUCGUGUUUUAUUAAUGUUUCCAUCAUUCGUUAGUGAUCAUUGAUUAAUAGUAUACGCCUCUUCGUACCACUCGCGUGUGCGAUGGGAAUCUUUCAGUUUUUAUUGGCCAUUUUUCACAAAAAGAAAAGGUAUAUUAUCAUGCAUUAUUCAGGUAAUAGACACUAGGAGGAAGGAGCAUGCGAGGCAAAGUUUGACCGAUGGACGGCCAAACGCAACAGAUUAGAUUAUGUGAGGAAGGUACGAAAAUAUAAUAUGUACAUUAAAUGCUU